CUCUGUUAGAAAUCAGUCCGUAAUACAAAGAUUUUGGCAUCAGUCGAAUGAAUUUUCACGCAGUAAAAAUGAAUUUUAGUCGAGGAGUCAUUUCCAGCGUUUUAGUUGUCAUUGCUUUAAAUACAAUCAAAUCUGUUUCAUGUAAAUUUGAGCCAUUGUACGUGACACAAGGCGUGCUUGGUAAUGCAUUUUACAUAAUAUUUGAUGUGAAGUACGACGGAUACGACUCUGCAAACCAACAUCAACACCUGGCAGUAGUACAUCAUUCAACAGAUAUACUUCUCGCAUGCCCACGAAGCAAUAAUGCAAAUUCACUUGAAAUACGACAUAGAGUUGCCAAAAAAGCACGUGUUGAGCCUUACUGCGAGUUGCCUGUCAAACCGCAAGUUUAUCUGAAUCAGAACGAGAUUUACUUUAGUACUAUCGGAUUUCCGAUUUUCACACCAAACAUAGAAUAUCCUACCACAUACGUUGAUGUACCCAAAAACCAUAUCGUAUGCGAUCUGAUUAAUUUCAAAUUUGAUCAAACGCUGCAUCGAAUCAAAACUGUAUACUACAUGCUGGGAGCAGGUGAAUUUCUGAAACCCGAAAUUAACACUGAAAAUAAAAACGAAGGAUAUGAAAAAGAUCGAAUUCUGUUCGGAGGCUACGAUGUUGACGAUUUAUACGAUAAGGCUUCACGAUCACUUGUCAAAGUUAACCUAGCGCCCGAAGAAGACUUUCUGCUCCCAAACUGGAAAUCUGCUGCACGACACAAUCUCCUAUCAGCUCCAAUGUGGAAAGAACUGCUAACUCAGUGGCAAGCUUUAGAAAUAUUUGUAAGAAAAGUAACCCAAGUUAUCAAUAAAGCCUAUGUGAGAACUGGAGUCUACGAAACGCUCACACAACCUGGACCCGAGGGCUCAACUCGAAAAAUGUUCUUAUACGAUGGAAAACAUCCCAUACCUAUGUAUUUUUGGAAAGCUAUCUACAUAGAAGUUCGGUCGCAACCGCAUACUUUUCAUCGUCAUGGAAUCUUAUUCGUAAUGCAUAACGCUGAUCCAAAUGGUAUAUCUGAGGAAAAAAGCAUUUGCCCAAAUGAUGGAGAUGUUAUUGGAAAAACGGGAUGGGAUUUUUUACCAAAAAAACAAUUUAAAUCGCCGAUGUACGCUUGCUAUUUAAAUGAAACUAAUCUGAGAUUUUUCCAAGAGAAAAUACGUCCUAAUCAACACCGCGAUCCAUUUGAUUUGACCGAUGUACCUGUAGAAGUGACUGACGAUGAAGGCAAAGUGAUUGAGGUUAAGAGAGUGCACGUUCUCGACGAAAUAAAAAAACUGCAGGAAGACGAAACAAGACGAUUGUGAGAAAUAAUAAAUCCUCGGCAGUUCCGAAAUCCAUCAUUCCUGUAGAAGGAGGGGGUAGCAUUUUUUCUUAAUCUCAACAUUUGAUAGACAUAAUUCAUUUUUUUCAGUUGAACAUUUAAAUGUAGUUUUUAAAAAUAUUUUUAAAAAAAUUUAUUUUAAAUGAAGCAUACGUUUCCAAAACGCACUAAGUCCAUUUUUAAGAUUUUUGAGAUAUCAACGCCAUCUAUUAUAAAAUUGCUUCCCGAAUGCAACGGUGUAUCACGUUUUAAGAAAAAAUGAAUAUUUCCAUGAGAAAUUAGGGAUUGAAAACCAUGUGUGUCAUUUCUACGUUUCCAAAAUGCACUAAGUCCAUAAAAAAAUAAAUUCAUGAUGAAAAAUUUUGUUAUUUCAAUGCGAUCUUGUUUGUAUUUUACAUUUUGGUGUCGACAAAAGAAGAAUAGUUUUCUUUUUUGAUUUUUUAAAUAAAUUUUUCAACUAAAUGGUUUUCUUUAUUGAUUUUUUUUCCUUUUCGUUAAUUUAAGAGUAAACGAAUCUAUGAAGUAAUCAGAAUAAAGAGUAUUAUUAUGAAAAAAAUUAGUUUCAACUCAGAUCUUCUAGAACGAGAAUAAUACUUUUCCAAACGGCACUAACUACUAUCGUUUUCAGCAUUUUUCAUUCACCUAGAGAAAUAUUACGUUUCCAAAGGGCACUAAGUCCACAGGUUUGCAACAUAACACGUGCUCUACUGCCGCACCAAAGUGAAUUUCUUUUUUUUUCAAAAUGGAGUUAGUAUUGGAAAGAAUACACAAAGCAAUUUUGCUAGGGUAGAAUGUGAAACCACGCGAUGUACUAGUCUGACACAGUUUUUUGUGUUUAUCUCAAAAUCAAAAAAAUGGACUUAGUGCGUUUUGGAAA